CCAACAAUUGUAAGCUCUGGCCUUCUCGUCCAUUCAUGGCCCAGGCUGGCGGAUGGGCUGGCGGUGUGUGUGCGUGUGUGUGUGUGUGUGCGUGUGUGUGUUAGAGAGGUUGUGGUUGGGGAGGGGGUUGGAGUUAUCCUAGUUUAUCUUAAAGUCCCUUUUUACUGGUGGGGAGGUGUGUACAGAAUACACUUUGGUAAAGACAGGAAAGUGAGACGUGUGUGUGUGUGUUUGUGGUCAGAUCCCUGCCUCCCCAUUGGUCAGUGGGCAGACCCAGUGUGUGAGGAGGGGUAGGUAGAUGCAUCAGCCUCCAUCUGUUGACAGUCACACAGCAAAACGUGCAGCUUCAGGACACUGCACUCUGCUUCCAAACCAAAAAGGAGAACUUGAGGUCUGAUCUCGACGGAUUGCUGCUACAUUAAAAGCCCCUGUUGGAUUGACUGCUUUGGAGUGGAUACUGAAAUUUGAGUGAAUUUUUUUAUUGCAUUGAAAGGGAAUUUGCUUCCACAUUCAGGCGUGUUUAUCACCACCACCUCUGGAAAUUUGUUCCUGCAGCUGGAAUCAGACGUGGAUUUGCUGACUUGCUGUUUCUUGGAGCUGUGUGCUUUGCUCCUAGGAUCAGUCAGGGAGCAGUGAACUACCGGCAGUAACAGUGGGGUCAGUUCAGAGCCCGGGAGGUGACGGAGGGCGUGGAGCUGGAUGUAUGAGACGGCUUCAUGGGCCUGAAGGACCAUCUGGAGGAUGGAACAGGCCACAUCCUCAGCCUGGAGCUGGACCUGGACUACCUACAUGUGGACGGUACUGAGCGGCAGGGCAGCCUAAGUGCUGCAGCGGGGGCUGGGAACAUCCUGAAGGUCAGAGGUGGAGCCUCCAGUAACGGCACCAACAGUAUUGGCAGCAGCAGCACUAGUUUUAGCUCAGAUUCAAGUUGCAGUAACAGCAGCAGUUGUAGUAACUUGUCAGAGGAGAGUGCAGUGUCCGACAGCGAAGAUGAACGACUUCAGAAUGGGUCCAGUUCUGGAUCUCAUCAAGAUCAGCCUCAUCUCCACCAUCAGGACUCUUCCUCUGUCCGUCAGCCAGUCAGGCUGGACCUGACCCUCAACCGAUCCCUGGAACCCCCCACACAGGCAGAAACACCCGCUCUAGUUGACCCCGUCACCGAGUGCCGCACCAAGGUGGAGUUUGCUCUAAAGCUGGGCUACCCUGAGGAUCUGGUGCUGCUGGUGCUGAGGAAACUGGGCGCAGACGCACUCAUCAAUGACAUCCUGGGUGAACUGGUUAAACUGGGAACCAAAACAGAGAUGGAGCAACAAGUAUGUCCAACUGUGUCCCAGUCUCCAUCUGCCUCUUUAUCCUCCUCCUUCUCCUCUUCCUCGACUUUCAACUCCUCUCUGGACUCGUGUCGGCUGCUGUGUCCAUCCCAACUCCUGGAGGACAAAGAGAACCUUCGGCCAGUCGUGGUAGACGGCAGCAACGUAGCCAUGAGUCAUGGAAACAAGGAGGUGUUCUCCUGUCAGGGCAUCCAGCUGGCUGUUGAUUGGUUCCUGGAACGAGGUCACCGUGACAUCACUGUGUUCGUUCCUGCCUGGAGAAAGGAGCAGUCGCGACCUGAUGCUCUCAUCACAGACCAGGAGAUCUUACGGCAACUAGAGAAGGAGAAGAUUCUGGUCUUCACUCCUUCCCGACGUGUGCAGGGACGGCGCGUGGUUUGCUACGACGACCGCUUCAUCGUCAAACUGGCCUACGAGUCGGACGGAAUCAUCGUCUCCAACGACAACUACCGUGACCUCGCCAACGAGAAGCCGGAGUGGAAGAAAUUCAUCGACGAGCGUCUGCUGAUGUACUCCUUCGUAAAUGACAAAUUCAUGCCACCUGACGACCCGUUAGGACGCCAUGGACCUAGUCUGGAAAACUUCCUAAGGAAGAGGCCUAUUAUUCCCAGGAAGCAGCCAUGCCCAUACGGUAAGAAGUGCACUUAUGGUCAUAAGUGCAAGUUUUACCAUCCUGAAAGGGGCAACCACCCCCAGCGUGCGGUGGCGGACGAGCUUCGUGCUAGUGCCAAAAUUUCAUCGACAGCUUCCAGAGGUCUGCUGGAAGACGCUCUGAUGAUGAAGAGCCAAAGUCUGGGUCAAAAUCACCGAAUGGCUGAGGUCGAGCCAAGUUUGGGCACUCCAAAGAAACAGCCGAGCCGCAGCCCUCAGCGCUCCUUCACUGAACUCGUGGAGGACAGACUUCAGGAGCAGUCCAAAUUGGAUGGACGUAGAGGAAGCAGCAGCAGCAGCAGUAGCUGUGGCAGCAACUAUUUUGGGCAUUUUGCUUCAGGGGCGCCACCUUCAUCUGGAAGCCUGGAUCGGUGGGAAAAUCCAGGUGGCAGUGGUGGAGGCAGUUCCAGAGUUUCUGGAGCCUCAAGUUCAAUCCAGGCUGACACGUAUCACAGGUGCAAGUCCCCUGAGCUGGGCUACAGCUCACUGGUAAAGGCCUAUUCAAGCCUCAGUCUGGAUGCUCCACAAAGUCCGGAUCGCUUUUUCCCAGCUGACCUGCGAGCUGGCUCACUGCUGUCAGACUGUAGCAGUGAAGGCAGUGUCAGCUCAGACUCUUUCUCCCCUGACCUUUUAAUCGAUGAUGGCCCCAGAUGCCACCAUCACCACCACCAUCACCACCACCCUCAUCUCCAUCAUCAAUGCUCCAGCCAGUACACCCAUGCCACAAGCCGCGCCCCACCUGGAUUGGGGCAGCACAGUCCUCAUAGCUACCCACUCCCUCAAACGUUGCAGAAACAGCUUGGUUUUGGCUUGGAUGGCCCUUUAUCAUCGGCCUCCUCUCACACACUGCCACAUUCUUUCAAAACCCCCUCAGCCCACAUCCCAUCACACCUUCAACACCCGUCAUGGAACAAUUUCCCACGGGAUUUCCUAGCUCAACCACAGUGCCCACCGCCACAAACACCCAAUUCUAACCCUCAGGGCCGCAAUCCGAUGGGCUCCCUCUGGCAGGAGGGUGGGCUCCCGGACUCCCAAGCGUACGAAGGGUCACCACUUCAUUCCAGCAGAGGCUACUCCGGAAUGAACCACCCACCGAUAAAUUGGGACCUCCAAUCUCAGCAGUCUCCUAAGUCUUACUAUGACCCGUUUACUUACCAGAGCAGGGGCCGGCAAGAUCUUUAUCAUUCACCAGCCCGUCGUCCACCCCUCCCUCAGAUGGUCCUCACAUCCAUUUCUCCCCAUAAAAGUCACCUGCCCUCAGUCCCUCAGCACCAGAAGCCGCCCGAUUUAGCUCGAUACCCGGACCUCAGAGAGAGGAUGUUUCUCAACCUGUGCGGUAUCUUCCCUCCAGAUUUGGUGAGAAUAGUGAUGAGCAGAAACCCUCACGUGAGGGACGCCCAGGAGCUCGCAGCUUUAAUUCUGUUGGAGAAGUCGCAGCUCGGGUCUUAAAUGUGAAGUCGCAGCUCCGUCUUAGCUCCUGCUGAUGAAUCCCCCUGCAGUUGAAUCAGGAUGAACAUGUACAAACCAAAAGCACAGGUUUUGCGUCUCUGUAGUCUGGAAACUGACCGUUUAUUUUCACUGCAGGGAAGAAGUCGUGUCAUUCAUUUUAAAUCCCCCAAAAUUUGCCAUAUUUUUCUAUACGUCGGCUAUUUCAGCACUUAAGACACCGAUGUGCUUCAGGAGACUUAUCACUGUGUGUAAAGGGUGACAGUGUUGUUCAUUUAAAU